AUGAUACCAAAGCUUAUAGUUUUUGGAGGCAAUGGAUUUUUAGGUAAAAGAAUUUGUCAAGAAGCAGUGACUUCGGGCUACCAAGUCGUUUCUGUGUCAAGGUCCGGUAAAGCUCCUCAUAGCAAUGAAUUAAAUGAUAAGCAAUGGAUGCAGGAGGUCCAAUGGACCGCUGCUGACAUUUUUAAGCCUGAUUCUUACCAUGAAUUAUUGAAUAAUGCUACUAACGUAGUUCAUUCUUUGGGAAUCCUCCUAGAAAAUGAAAAUUAUAAGCAAACUCUAUCCAAAUCCCCUACAUAUGAUUCAAAAUCACGCCUUCUAUCUUUUGGUGCAGGUCCAAAUCCUUUAAAAAAAAGCAGUCCUUAUUUUACUUAUGAAAUGAUGAAUAAGCAAAGUGCUAUUAUUUUGGCAGAUACAUUUAAACAAAAAAUCCUAAAGAAAAGCAAAAAGGAGCAAGAAAAAGCAAAUCAAAGAUCUUUUACGUAUAUUUCCGCCGAUAAAGGUUUCCCAUUGAUUCCUAGUGGCUAUAUUAAUUCGAAAAGAGAGGCGGAGAUUGAACUAGAAAAAAUGCAGAGAUAUUUCAGGCCUAUUAUUGUGAGACCCGGUUUUAUGUUCGAUGAGCACAGAAAUGCAAUUGGACCACGGUCUUUUAUUCAUACUGCACUUGAACUACUUUACUGCGGUAACAAAUUUCUAUUGAGAAAUAAGCUGCAGCUUUUGAACGACUUGAUUAGGCCAACAGUAUCCACUCAGCAGGUAAGCAAAUCCGUCCUGAAAAAUAUCGAAAACCCAGAUUUUAAAGGGGUAGUUACACUUGAGGAAAUACUUAAAGCAUAA